CUAAAGAUGCAAAUUUUCUCCAGUAAACACGCAGCUGCCUCCUCCGCCGCUCGCUUCUUCUUCUUCCUUCUCCCUGUACUUCUUCUUCUGAUGUGCGUACUGUUGCCACCAAAAUCCAAUUACCCAUUUUAGGUAACUGCGCCUUCAGUUUCAGGUACCAAUUUUCUCUUCAAUUUCCCAAAAAACCCAUUUAGAUUUUCCCCCAUUUUCAUCUUCUUCACAUUCAUGUAUUGCAUAUGCUAUUUCUCUUCUACAGAAUGACCCUUUAUGUUAGAGCUUCUAAAUUCAUCAUACCCAAAUCAAAUCUCAAUCAUUUCAGGUUUUUCGUAUUUUCUUCUCUUAAAAGAUUGAUUUUUUAUUCAUCUUUACAUCAGUUUCAAUGCCCAUCUGAGAUAAAAAUCAAUAAUAUUACAAGGAAUGGUAAUAAUAAUGGUGGCAAUGGCAUGCGGGAAAAUCCCUUUUCAGAUUCUGAUAUUCAGAGAUUAAUUUUGAAUAAGAUUGAAGAAAGGGGUUGGGUUACUGGGGAGGAAUUUUGGGUUGUUCCAGAUUGUUUUCAUUCUUUAAUUUAUGAUACUGAUUUGUUGGUUAAGAUUCUUAGCUCAAUUCGUUGUCGACCGAGGGUUGCAUUGAGAUUGUUUAGGUGGGCUGAAGGGCAAAAGGGGUUUAAGUAUUCAGAGUUUUCGUUUUGUACUAUUCUUGAUAUUUUGAUACAGAAUGGUUGGGUAAAGUCUGCUUAUUGGGUGAUAGAAAGGGUGAUUAAUAGUAAUAUGCAUAAAGUUGUUGAUUUAUUGGUUGAUGGGUAUUUGAAUUUGAAGGUUUCUGUUGAGAUACUUAAUCUUUUUUUAAGGAUAUACACGAAGAACGCAAAUGUGGAGCUAUGCUUGUUAGUUUUCGAGAAGAUGCUGAGGAAUGAGAUGUUGCCUGAUGUGAAGAAUUGUAAUAGGAUUCUAAGGAACUUAAGGGAUAGGAAUUUAGUUGCCAAGGCGAGAGAAGUGUAUAAGAUGAUGGGUGAGUUUGGGAUAAUGUCUACUAUUAUUACUUAUAAUACAAUGUUGGAUUUGUUUUGUAGAGAAGGUGAAGUAGAACAGGCUUUGGAUCUUUUAUCAGAAAUGGAGAGAAGGGAGUGCUAUCCGAAUGAUGUUACAUACAAUAUCUUGAUUAAUGGGUUAUCAAAGAAAGGGGAAUUUAACCAUGCUAGAGGUUUGAUUGGAGAGAUGUUGAAUAAAGGACUGAAGGUUUCAGCUCAUACAUAUAAUCCUUUAAUUUAUGGUUACUGUGUUAAGGGAAUGGUUGUGGAGGCAUUGAGUCUCGGAGAAGAGAUGGAAGUAAGAGGAGCUUCACCUACUGUCUCAACAUAUAAUACAUUUAUUUAUGCUCUUUGCCGGCAGGGGCAAGCUAGUGAAGCAAGAUACUGGUUUUCUGUCAUGUUGAAGAAGAAUUUGGUGCCGGACAUAAUGUCAUAUAACACUUUGAUUUACGGAUAUUGUCGGUUGGGGGAUAUUAAUGAGGCCUUUUCCUUGUUACAUGAUUUAAGGAUCAGGGGACUUUUUCCUACAGUGAUCACCUACAAUACAAUUAUGGAUGGACUCUGUAAAAAAGGUAAUUUAGAGGAUGCUAAGCAGAUGAAAGAGGAAAUGAUGAGACACGGUAUCUCUCCUGAUGUAUUUACUUAUACUAUUCUGGUUCAUGGUUCCUGCAAGGCAGGAAAUUUACCAAUGGCAAAAGAACUAUUUGAUGAGAUGUUACAGAGGGGUUUGGAGCCUGACUGCAUUGCUUACACAACUCGAAUAGCAGGUGUACUGAGCCUGGGUGACAUAUUGAACGCAUGCAAACUACAAGAGGAAAUGUCAACAAAGGGAUUCCCACCAAAUAUAAUAAUCUACAACGUAUUUGUGGAUGGUAUUGCGAAGCUGGGUAAUCUUGAAGAAGCAACUGAGUUGUUACAGAAGAUGGUUGGGGAUGGCCUUAUGCCUGACCACGUAACAUAUACCAGUAUAAUUCAUGCCUACCUCGCAUUUGGGAACCUUAAGAAAGCCAGAGAGUUGUUUGAUGAGAUGAUAAGUAAAGACAUAGUUCCAACAGUUGUAACAUACACAGUGCUGAUUCAUGCGCAUGCCGGUAAAGGGAGGCUUGAACUUGCACAUAUGUAUUUUUCAGAGAUGCAACAGAAGAGCAUUCUGCCAAAUGUGAUUACCUUCAAUACUCUGAUAAAUGGCCUUUGCAAGUACAGAAGAAUAAACGAGGCUUACAGUUUCUUUGCUGAGAUGAAAGCAAGAGGAAUUAUCCCUAAUAAAUAUACCUACACCAUUUUGAUAAAUGAGAACUGUGAUUUGGGUAACUGGCAAGAGGUUUUGAGACUGUUCAAAGAAAUGUUGGAUAACGGAAUCCAGCCUGAUUCUUUUACAUACAGUGCGAUGUUGAAAAAUCUCGGCAGAGAUUAUAAAUCACAUGCCAUAGAAUACCUUGACUUUAUACUUUUUGGUGAUGAAGGCGAUGAAGGCACUGCCGAAGCAAAGAGUUGAAAAAUCCCUGAAUUGCCACUGGUAUUCUUGGAUGACUAGCUUUCUGUUCCUGGUCUUUGUUCUAAAGGCGCUACACCAUGAGCUUGUCCAUAAUAGCUGCUGGUGAGCAGAUAGAGCUGGUCCAUUUUUGAUAUGGACUUACUUCCUGUACUUGGGAAUUUUGACACAAUUUCACAUGCAUACAAGCCUAAUAAUUGCUACAUUUUCAUGGAUGAGUAUCUGCUCUUAAACCUUCUUUUGAAGGAGAUUAAAAUAAUGAUGCUAGAUAUUGGAGGCAAGUAAUUUCACUUUUUCUUGCGAAAUUCACCUCAUGUUUUGUUUUAACUUUGCAGGGCAAACACAAAAGUCUAUGCAGUCUACCAGAUAAUACGAAAUUCUUUUGCAGCUUCAGGUCAACAUUGUUGCUGUCUGUUUGGUGCAGAAAGCUGGGAUUGACAUGCAAGGUCUUGGUGCUCCUGAGAUACUUCAAAAUUUUCACUCCCAUCAGAGCUGCUUAGAGGUUAGUGGCACACGGAGCUGCCGUUCCUGAAUAUUUCUACGCAAAUCUAAAGCAGUAAAGCAAAAGAUGCCACUCUGGUUGGAUCUCCAUACAAAUUCAGUUCCUUAAAGCAUGCUAAUAGACCUUGUGUUGUGCCUGAUAUGCAAAAGGUCAAAUGCAAGUUCUGAGAUUGUAGACAGGAGCAGAGGCAAAAAAAAGGGUUAUUUCCUAUCGGCCUAACCCCUGGUGAGAAGAGUUAUCGAUACCUUUGCUGGUGGAGGUGGCAGGUCAGUGGAAUAGUCGAGGUGUGCAAGCUGGCCUAGACAGAAAUUCACCAAGAGCAAAUACAUUUGAGAGUUAAGACUGUGAUAAGGGUAUCUGAACUUCAUUACACGAAUGUGUACGAAAUCUUGAAUGGUGGAGGUCGAUGAGUUCAUUGUAGAGAUGCAACACUAUAGAAGUCACGAGGCAAAGUGUGAAUUGCAGUUUGUGAAGUUCUCCAAGUUUUCAUCAACCAAAUCACCAAGUUUUUUUUUAUGUGUUUGUUAACUUCUUGUAAUUGCAUUUUUUUACUUACUCAAAAGAGCUAAAGUUGAUUCCACUGAAUGAA